AUGUUGAAGCUAUCGUCCAAGCGCUCGCAUGACAUGAUCAUCGACGCGCCUCCGCCCCCCUGCUCGCCGCAUCGCAUCCAAUUCCUCGGCUCGCCCCCUUCCCCUCCCUCGCCCUUCAAGCGGGUGCGAACCUCGCCUGCGGUAGAGCCGCAGUCUCGGAAGCAUUCGCGGGAUGAGAGCCCGUUCGCUCCCGCCUCGCCAUUCAAUCCAAAUGUGGCCGAAAGAUUUGUGCCCAGAAAGAAGCAGCGCGCUGAGGAAGGAGAGAAGCUUUACACCUUAGAGGAGGUGAAGCGGAUCGUGGCGCAAGUGGUGGCAGAACGAGAGAAUGCUCUGCGGGAGGAGUACACGCAAACGCUACAACAGAAGCUUGAAGAUCAAUUCAAUCUCUUCUCCAAUUUUGCCCAAGACAACAUCGCGAGACAGCUGAGGGAGAAUGACACCUGCAGCUACAUCGGCUAA